GCGACCCGUUCCCAGCACUUCAUUUUGGCACAUAUUCGUUCUCGACACCCUCAUGGCGUCCGAAGCCUCGACGCUCAUAAGUCCACCCGCGCCGUUCCAGUACGAAGAUGGCAUCCAACCGCACGUCGUGCUACCUUUGCAUCGUGAAUUCGGCGCCGUGAGUCUCCUCGCACUGCGCCUCUCGGUGCGCAGCUUGCCGCGGCACCUCCUCACGCUCAUCACGGCGGCGGUGCUUGGGCAUCUGGGCACGCGCGAGCUCGCGGCCGCCGCGCUCGCCCAAGCGUGGAUCGGUCUACCGACGGCCUUUAUGCACGCGGCGAUCGCGGUCGUGACCAAGCUCUGCGCACAGGCCAAGGGCGCCGGCUACAACGUGCUCCUUGGCACGUGGCUGCAAACAUCCUUGGUCUUUGCCCUCGUCGGCGCCAUCCCCGUGAUGCUGUGGCACUACUUUGUCGGCGACAUGAUCGGCCUCUCGGUCGACGACGCGGCGACCGUGCGCCUCGGGCGUACGUACGCCCAAGUGGCCAGCCUCGGCGUCGUGCCCGACUACCUCUUUUGUGCACUUGCGGCCUUUUUUGACACGCACCACGUCGUUGUACCCACAACGGUCGCGAGCUUUGCGGCGGUGUUGGUGCAUCUGGCGGCGACGCUACUGCUCGUGCCCGCGUAUGGUGUUGCUGGCGCAGCCAUGGCCGGCGCGGUGAGCACCGUCUUUCGUCUCGGCGUCUUUGCCGCGUACACGCUGCUGUGGAAGCGGUAUCAUGCCAAGUUUUGGGGCGGCUGGUCGUGGGCUUGCAUCGAGCACGACUACUUUCUCACGUUUGCGGCGCUCGCCGUGCCGUCGGGCGCCGCCGCCGCCAUGGACUAUGUGCCGUUGACGCUCAUGGGCACGCUCUCGGGCUACCUCGGGUACCCUGUUGCCGCCGCGCACGCAAUCCUCCUCGGCCUCUUUGGCGUCAUCUCGGCUGUCAUCCACGGCGCUGCCGCCGCGACGCAAGCGCGCAUGACGCGGUACCUUGGUCAAGGCUGCGCGCGCAGUGCCCGGCGCGUGCUCUCGCUCGGGACCGUCGUCGUUGGCGGCGCGACGCUCGUGCUGCUCAGUCUUUUGCUGCCAUUGCAGACCGCGAUUGUCUCGCUCUGGACGCGCGAUGUGACGGUGCAAGCGCUCUGCGCUAAUGCACUGGACGUGUUUGUGUUUGGCGUCGCGGCGACGCUCGCCCGCGCCUUGCUCGGCGGUGCCCUCGUUGCGCUAGCCAUGGGCGACGUGGUCGCGAUCGUCUCGGUGCUCGGCCGCAUCUGCGUGCUCAUUCCGCUCUGUGUCUUCAUGCCCAUUUCGCUUGCAUGGGGCCUUACCGGCUUUUGGUAUGCGAUCGGCUGUGCCGAGACAAUCCAAGCCCUCUUACUCUGCGUCGCCAUUGCCCGCCUCAACUGGCAUCUCGCUGCGCAGCGCGUCCAGUACAUUACGCCCCCGUCAUCGUCGAGCAUGCGCCGCAUCGUGCUCGUCUAAGCCACCCUCUGUUUCAAUAAUGACUUGCUUGUCCUUGA